UCUGUGAUCGUAAAUAGAAAGUCGAGCAGCGGCGAGACCUCAAUGUUGGAUUCGCGCCCCCGUCACUAAAAUCUCUGGAAGGGGACAGAGCCGUUUUUGAUGCUACUCUUUUCAUGGAGGAAACAACUCAGAUUCGACAUUAAGCGUUAAAUGGUGUCUGGUCGUACUGGAAACGGUUUUGCUAAAACAGCACAGUCAGCAGAUCUCUCACUACAGUUUGAAAAAAUAAGUUAGUUGUCUCAGUGAAACUCAAGAGAAAUGCGUUCAACACUAGUUCAAGAGGCUUGGGCGAUCGAGGUCGGAUCAAGAGAGCCCUGGGCUGAUAACGCGAAGAUUUACCAGCCAAUUGAGAAAAGCCAGGCACAAUCCAAUGAACGGGCACAAUCACUCGCUGUUCAGUGCUUCCUGCGUGUGUGCGGUUUAAGACACGACGUCAUACAACGCGUUAACGCGGAAUUCAUUUCGCCAACGGGGACAACACCUGUACUUCAAUGCGGCUCAUUUGUUAUCGCUGAACUUGAGUCCAUCGUCGUUUUUGUCGCGUCUAAAGGCAUUACUAAAACUAAUGACCUUUCACAAGAGGAAAAUGCUGAUCUCAAGGCCUACUUCAGCUUGGUUCAAACGGUUUUGUGCAGCGCAGAGUUGUACUUUUCUUGGAUCUCAGCCACGGGAUACAACGUGACGUACGAUCGCUAUGGAAGCGUUUAUCCUUGGCCUCUUAACGGCGUCCUUCCGUGGAAGAAACGGCGAGCUAUUAAAAAACUCCUUCAAGAUUGGUCAGAGAAGAACGAAGUCGAAGUUAUUGAAGAGGUGGAAUCAUGCUUAACAGCACUUUCGGAUCGUCUGUCCGAUAAGAUGUAUUUCUUUGGCGUGCAACCGACAGAGCUCGAUUGUCUUGUGUUCGGACACCUGUUCAUCCUGCUUAAUCCGGGUCCAGAGGCGGCUCCUGAGUUUCGGCAAAUCGCCCCUUUAGUUAAAAAAUUUUCCAAUCUUGUCCAGUUUUGCGAUAAUAUUGAGGCAAAGUAUUUUCAAAAGCAAUUACAAAUGUAGGUAACAACUAAGAGUUAACUGUGCGAGCAGAAUCGUCAAAUGAAUGUGUCGUCGUCAUAUUCGUGUGUUUCAACUCUAUCUUGACAGUAGUCUGUCCAUAAGGCUGAAGCCACGCUCUUGUAGUUAUUGUGCACUACAGAACAGAAAGACAAAACGGUAUGUGUCACGAAUGCUUUAUUAUGCUAUAUAUUAACAUACUAUUAGUUUUCAAAUAAACUAUUAAAAAAAUUUUAGGUA